AUGACGUCGACGGCAAGCGAUGCGUUCGAGGCGCGCUGGGCCGAGCUACGAACGCUCCUGUCGCCAGAGGUGCAAGGUCCGUUCGAUGUUUUUGUCACCGACAUCGUCUCUGCUUUCCGCGCCACCCAGCGCUCGACGGUCGCGCCACCGACCGAGAUCGUCACGCUCAACGUCGGUGGUACACGCUUUGCAACGUCGCGCGAGACCCUUUUGCGGUUUGAAGACAGCUACUUCCACGCGUUGCUCCAAUGGCCGCCCACCGACAAUGGCGAAUACGUUCUGGACUUUGACCCGAUCAUGACGUACUUUCGCAGCGGCCACCUGCCUCUCAAUCGCAUCCCUGGCGACGCGCAAGCGGACUUUUACAAGCUCGUCGACUUUCUCCAUGCGGGCGACACGGUCAUGGCCAAGCAGCGAGGAUCCAACGCAUUUGUGGGCGCCGUCGCGACCAUGCCGCUGCGACGUUUCUGCGUUUCGGCCAAAACCGCGUCUUCGUUUGAGGUCGGCUACUGCCCCCGCGAAGCCGCUGGCAAGAUCCACGCCGCGUUCAAGGCCUACCCUGCGCAAUCCCCCGGGCCGUUGCCACCGGUGGUGGUUCCGCCCUUGGACGAGACAACCGUCCUCGUCACGCGCGACGACGACUCUAUUUCUUUCCAAGUCAACGGCGUUCUCCUCGACCAGCACUGUACUGACGUUCCUAGCACGCUUGUGCUCUAUCCGGCCGCGCGGCUCUGGAACGUCGUCCUGCAGCGCCUUGAAAUCACCACGUAA